CGGGCAGUGGUCCAGAUGGAUGAGGCCAGGGAGCAGCACAUUACCAAGCUGCUUAACUCUGUCCAAAAUGAGCCUGGUCCAAGGAGGGACAGCAGGGAUGCGAGACCCUCCACGUCUGACAGCUGGCGGGCGGCUGCCAAUAGCAGUGGUCAUUGUUACUUUGAUGGGGAUUUGCCUGAAGAGGAAAAGCUGAAGGUUGAGCUCAAAUCUGAGGAAGAGGAGGAAGAAGUCACUCCAGGCCAGAAGAAAGCAACUCACAAAUCACAACGUUACUUCUCUCAGGCAGCUGUUAAGGAUGAGCCUCCAGACACGUGGGAUGAAGAAGAAGAGCAGGAAAAGGAAGAGAAAGAGAAACUGAGAAGGAAGGACAAGGACGUGGAGUUCUUAUUUCAGGAAGUAGUCAGAGACAGUUCACUGGAUGAGCGUUUAAAGAGAGAUUUGGAGAGCAAGAAAUCAGAUCCAAAGUACAGAGAAAUGCUGAAAUUCAGGGAAAAGCUACCGUCUUAUGGGAAAAAAGAGGAGCUGGUGGAGCUGAUCAACUCGAACCGUGUCCUGGUGGUGAGUGGGGAAACAGGGUGUGGAAAGACCACUCAGGUCACCCAGUUCAUCCUAGAUGACUACAUCAAUAGAGGCAUGGGCUCCAUGUGUCGUGUGGUGUGCACGCAGCCUCGUCGCAUCAGUGCCAUCUCGGUAGCGGAGCGUGUAGCAGCAGAGAGGGCAGAAAGUGUUGGGAAUGGAAAUUCUUGUGGUUACCAAAUCCGCCUGCAGAG